CUUUCAAACAUGGGCGAUAGUGCUGAAGUGACCCAAAAUGCUUCUCGUUGAAGGAGACCCGCGGAAAAACCAAUUACUCCGCAUAAUUCUAUUUUUUUUUCCGGAAAAGAAGGAAAACAUAUUUUAGAAGCCGAGGAAACGAAGAAGGAAGCAACUUCGUUUCCAAUUUACCAGAAGCGGCAUCACAAUGGCGGGCACGUCUUCUACAACUACCGCUGCUAUGAAUUUGGGCAGAGGCUUAGGCUAUGUUUCUUAUUCCUCUCCCCCUCGCACUCGUUCCAUCCUUCACUUUCACAACCUUUCAGCUUCUCCCACUAGCAGCUCCAACAUCGGGUUCUACGCAACCACAUCUAGAUUCGCAAAUUACCUUCCAAGAAAACCUGGCCCGACCCAAAUUCGAGCUGUUUCGGGUUCUUUCGGGUCCCGGCUGGAGGAGACUGUCAAGAGGACUGUCGCUGACAAUCCCGUCGUUGUGUACUCAAAAACUUGGUGCUCGUAUUCAUCCGAGGUGAAGUCUUUGUUUAAGAGGCUUGGCGUGGAGCCUCUUGUUAUUGAAUUGGAUGAGAUGGGAGCUCAAGGGCCUCAAUUGCAAAAGGUUCUAGAAAGGCUUACAGGGCAGCAUACUGUCCCAAAUGUGUUCAUUGGGGGGGGAAUCACAUUGGAGGUUGUACAGAAACUGUGAAGCUGCACCGGAAAGGAGAACUUGAACCAUUGCUCUCUGAAGCUUCUAGUUCCAGAAAAGUUGAGAACUAAUCCGUCCAUAGCUAAUCCUAUUCAAACAAUCCUUGCAUGUAUGCUGAUUAAUUUGCUUAUUGGACCUGAUUGCGUUAUUAUUCUGUAUCUCUGCCCAUUGUUUUUCAUAAUUAAGCCUCCUUUUAUUGUUUUUACAAUGAAUAAAUAUAUUGUUUGUCUCGUGAAUCCAAAAGGGGAUUUAUUUAUUCUUUUCAUAAAUUUUUGUUUUUUUGCGUCUCUGCUAACUACUAUGACUAGGCAUGGACCCGGUUCGGGCCGCCCGGCCCGGGACCGGC